AUGGCAUCCAAACAGCACAAGAGGUUCGCACCACCACUCAAGACAUCGUCCAACACAUCCACACCCGUCACCACAGACACCACAGACACGGGUGACAAGCGAGCAAUUGGUGCGCCCAUUGCCACCCCUGCCAUCACUCCAUGCAAUGGUUUCCGGUUUCUGACGGCGAGUGGCAAAGAGCUGACCCUUUGUCACCAAUUGAUCCAAACGAUGGCCGACACGAUGAACGUACAAUUGGAUGAUAAGACCCAACAGCUGAUGGCAAACGACAAUCAAUUGGUGCCCAAAGUGGACGCAAACGACGUAAACAAUUGUCUAAUGACAUCGAUGGCGUUGUCCGACGAAGAGUUGUUCCGGUGUUUGGAAAGCGAUUCCGAUUGGAUCGCAAAGACGUGCGACGAGUUGAACGACAAUCAGCGGUCGGCCAAGAGAUCAACUCUCGAGCCAAUGGUUUGCGGAUCCAAUCAGAAGAAGAGUCGACUCGACGAGUUGUAAUCCAUUUGAUCCAUUCGUACCAUUAAUCCCAUAAUCUAUGAAUCCAUUGG